AUGGAAAAAUUUAAAGUUCAAGAAAUAAGUGAUUUUUCUAAUGGGUUCAUUCAAACCUUCUUUGAUAAACUACAUAUCAUCACGAGAAACCUACCAGGAAUACUCGAGUCCAGUACUGAUGACUUGGAUAAAAGUUUACGAAAUAUUAGAGACUCUAGAAAUGAAUAUGGAGAAUUGCAAAUUGCAGGCGAAAUACUUGCUUGCGAUAAUGAAAAUAUACACGAGGCUGGUGAGAUUUUUGAUCAGGUUUUAUUUACUGUUCACUUUAUAUCUACCUAUGUCACAUUUUACAAGGCUGAGAUUCCUGAGAAAUAUUGGAAUGAGCUUAGCACAGGUUUAUCAGAAAAAUAUUCAGUUGCAAUCAAAAGAUAG